AUGCGCAUAGGCCGCGAGGUUGCAUGCUGCCAAGCCCGGACUCCUCAACUCGUCAACAACAACCAGAAGCCGAAAGCACAGCCCGUCGUGGCCUUUUUGAUGACUAACGUCCUAAUUUUCCAUCAUUUAGUAUGCGCUAUUUUCCCUUCGUAUAAAUUCCGUUACUAUCUCAAAAUACUAGUUCCACGUCAGCAAGUAGUCGGAGGGGAUAGGGACAUGGAUAACUGCUAUAAGACAGAGACGAAGCUUUGGCUAUCUGGCUUUGAGGCUUCUAGCCCCAAACACAACUUUCUAAAGGAGCCUAGGAUUGUCGCAAGGGCAGACUUUGAGUACCAACUUUUCAGGGGCUUGGUUAGGCGCUUCCAGUGGCUCAUACUUUCAGCUCAGCAUGUGGAUAACCAGCACACGAAGCAACUGCAACCAUAA